CUCCGCGUUGUGGCCACAUUACCAUAUCGGGUGUGCAUUAUUUUCCUAAUAAUUUAACAGCCCAUCAUUAAUUAUUCCUUACUUACACAGCAUUAACUUGUCUACUGUGAACUUGAAACCGUAUUUUUUUUUUACAGCUGAAACCGCAGACUCUUCACUCCUCCUUAUGGUUUACCGCCAACAAAAGGGCCUUUGUAUGAAGAUGUUUACGUUACAACAUUCACAUUUUUGCUUUUCUCUUUGUUCUGACAUCAGUAUGUCACCCUCUAACCUGCUAAACUGGUUUAUCACACAUGGUUCACAUUCCUCUAUAUAAUGAAUGUGUCAGUACAGUUUCAUUGAAACUGCUUUUAACCCCACAAGCUUGUCUUUGGAUUAUGCAGAGAGAGCUUUAUCAUGUCUCGAAGCGGUACAGCAAACCAAAGCCGAAACAGCACUCUGGAGAAACCCAGGCGGUCUGGAAGAUACAGCAGCUCCAGCAGCCGGAACAGCUCCAGAGAAGUGCUUUGUGAUUUUUGUCUGGCGAAGAAGAACAAGGCAGUGAAGUCAUGUCUGACGUGCUUAACCUCAUUUUGUGAGACGCAUCUCCAGGCUCAUUAUGAGUAUCCAGCUCUCAUGAAGCACAAACUGGUGGCAGCAACAGGGCAACUGCGUGAGAAGAUCUGCGCCGAACAUGAUAAACUUUUGGAGGUUUUCUGUCGAUCUGACCAAGCAUGCGUUUGCGUUUUGUGUAUCAUGGAGGAACACAAAAAACAUGAUAUUGUUUCAGCAGCAGCUGAAAGGACAGAAAAGCAGAAACAGCUUGGAGCGAAACUGAUGACCUCACAGCAGAAAAUUGAGGAAAGGAUAAAGAAAUGGCAAGAUCUCAGGCAGGCAGUGGCAUCCCUAAAACAUUCAUCUCAGAGUGUGUUAGAUGAAAAUGAGCGUAUUUUCGCUGAACUUCUUCGGGCUCUAGAGAGGAGGCAUGGAGAAGUGAAGGAGAUGAUUCGAGCCCAGGAAACCCUUCUGCUGACACAUGCAGAGGGACACCUGGCCAGGCUGGAGGAGGAAAUUACAUUACUAAAAAAGAAACACAAUGACCUGGAGCAGCUGUCCCAAUCCGAUGAUCAUAUCCACUUCUUACAGAGCUGGCAGUCUCUUUCUGCUCCUUCUGGAUAUGAGGACUUGUCCAAGGUGACAUUAGCCCCUCACCACACUUUUGACAAUGCAAAAAAAGCCAUCUCUGAACUGAAAGUGCAAUUAGAAGAAAUAAGCAAGGAAGAACUGAACAAAAUAUCAUCAGCAGUGAAGGAGGUUAAAAUUCUCCAGAUUGUGGACCCAGCAAAAAGGGAGGAGUUCUUAGAAUAUUUCUGUCAGCUCUCAAUAGAUCCUUCAACAGCCCACCCAAACCUGCACCUGUCAGACAAAAACACAGUGGUGCGGAUGAGCAACGAGCCAAAGUCGUACCCAGAGCAUCCCAGUCGUUUCGAUUACUGGCAGCAGGUGCUGUGUAAAGAGGGUCUGGCCGGCGGUCGCUACUACUGGGAAGUGGACUGGAGUGGCACAGAAAUAGACAUUGCUGUGACUUACAGGGGGAUUCGGAGGAAAGGAAAUGACAACGCCGGCAGCUUUGGGGGGAAUGACAAGUCUUGGAGUUUGUACUGCUCUGAAUCCAAGUACUCCUUUGUACACAACAACAAAAGCACCACUAUAUCUGUCCCCAGUUCCUCUAGAAUAGGGGUGUAUGUAGACUACGAGGCUGGAACGGUGGCAUUUUAUAGUGUGUCUGACACCAUGAAGCUUCUGCAUAAGGUUCAAGCUAAAUUUACUGAACCCCUCUACCCUGGCCUUGGAGUCUGGGGAUACGGAACCACAGUGCGACUGUAAGAUAAAUUAGUUUGCUGAAUGUUGAUCAGAACGUGGUUGUCACAUAUUUAUCUUAUCUUAUUUAUCAUUUUAGUCAGUUCAGUGAGAACAUGGAAAAGCCACUUUGCUUCCCUCUUUGAGCAUCUGCAUCAUAAUAAAAUAUGAAUCACUGACACUCAUUCUGACAUGUAUCAGUGGCUAUAUAAAGCAUCAUUUAUCACUAUCAGCAGUGGGCCAACUUAAAAAAUAGCAAAACACUGAAUUUUAAUGUGUAUUACAUAAAUUAGCUUGUUGAUUUAUUUAUUAUGACUUGGUUCCAAAUACUGUAGUCUAGACCGCCACUCCGACUCCCACCAGAAACACCAUAGGCCUAUAUUUUGUGUGCUAUGUGGCGGGAAAAGAGUACGAAUAGUAGAUAUAAAGAUUAUAUGAAAAAUGACAAAUGUCGCCUGUCAAUCCUUCACUAUGCUGUGUUAUUGAUUUUUUUUUGUACAUGUUUAAAGCUGCAGUCCUUAAAGGGUUAGUUCACCCAAAACUUAAAAUAAUGUAAUUUAUUACUCACCCUCAUGCCGUU